AUGGAUUUUGAAAAUUUUGAGAUUCCAAAAAAUCUGGAAGUCCAUCCUUUAGGUGACAAUGGUGAAAUGGAAAUUUUACCGGCUAGCGAGAAAAACAUUUUAAGCUGCUCGCGUCUUCCGUGCGGUCUUCCACCAGUUUUACCGGACACUAAUGCAAUGCUAAAUUCAUUCUUGGAAAAUCCUGAAAGAUUGCCUAUUCUACAUUUAGAUGCUGUUCAAAAGUUUAUACCUAUUGAACCCAAUGUUUCAUCCCUUUAUACUAUGAAUUUGUGUCCACUUGGAACAACGUUAACUGUAAAAAGAGACAUGAUGACUGGAAAAAUUUUAGGCUUUACAGAAGAAGUGAAAGAUAUUUUUCAAGGUACAUACAAUACGUCUACAUCUUUAUCUCGUACUCCUGGCCCUCCUGAGGCUGGUGUUAGAGGCAGUACCAGCAGUUAUCCUUUUCAUCCUGGUGGAAUGGACGAACCAUGGUUUGAUCAUUUGAGUUCUAAAGAUCUUAAUCUUGAUCUAUUUAAAGGAGAAUAUCGUGAUACGCCUCCUGGUUUCAAGUGUGGUAUGAAAUUUGAGAGAAAAAGCCAUGAUAUUGCUGACUACAUUAAAUUGCAACCCCAAAAAAUCCAUUUAUCAGAUGUUCUUGCCCUAGACGAUUCAAUUGAUUUUGAAAUUUUGAAUGAACCUGAAGAUAAAAUCGAAGAUGAAGUUGACUUUAGCAAGUUGCAAUCUGAAACAAGAGUAGAAUCAACCGAAAAUGAUGAUACAAUUAUGAAAAUUGCUUCUUUACCAGUUUUGAAUAUUAGUGAGGCUGUUAUUAAAAAGUCUGUGCAGUAUGAAUGGGCUGUUGUUGAAAAUGUUAAUAUUCCAGUAGAUGAUUUUUAUGAAAAGAUUCCAAAAAUGGCUUUUACAUGGCCUUUUGAACUUGAUGUUUUCCAAAAAAGAGCAGUUCUUCAUCUAGAGAAACGAGAAAGUGUGUUUGUAGCAGCUCAUACUUCUGCUGGGAAAACUGUGGUUGCUGAAUAUGCUAUUGCUUUAGCGAAAAAGAAUGUGACAAGAGUUAUCUAUACUUCACCCAUAAAAGCUCUUUCAAAUCAAAAGUACAGAGAGUUUAAAGACAAAUUUGAAGAUGUUGGACUCAUUACUGGUGAUGUUCAAAUAAAUCCAACUGCCUUUUGUUUGAUAAUGACUACUGAAAUUUUAAGGUCGAUGUUAUAUCAUGGUUCAGAUGUUGUGCGUGAAUUGGAAUGGGUUAUUUUUGAUGAAGUACAUUAUAUUAAUGAUUCUGAAAGAGGUGUUGUGUGGGAGGAAGUGUUAAUUAUGCUUCCUGAUCAUGUAAAUUUAAUAAUGCUGAGUGCGACAGUGCCAAAUACUGCCGAAUUUGCUGACUGGCUUGGUCGUAUAAAAAAGAGAAAGAUAUAUGUAAUAAGCACACUGAAACGACCAGUGCCAUUAGUCUAUUACUUAUACACAGGUAGUGUUGGAAAAUCUGGAGAUGACAUGUUUCGAAUUAUUGAUGAACGUGGGAAUUUCUUAGACAAUGAAUAUAUGAAAGCUUCUAAAGCUAAGAAAGAUAGAGAGAGUAAAGCAAAAGCCACCACAGGUCCAAAGGGCCCUAAACAGUACAUAACUCCAGCUCAGGAAAAAAAUGUAUAUAUUGGAAUUCUUGGAUACCUGCAAAAAGAAAAUCUUCUGCCUGCUGUAUGUUUUACUUUUUCAAGAAAAAGAUGUAAUACACAUGCUAAAAGUUUGAACAGCAAAGACUUGACAACUCAAAAAGAAAAGAAUGAAAUUGUUAAAUUUUUCAGAGAUAGCAUUGACAAGCUUAAGCGAGAGGACCGUGAUUUACCUCAAAUAAGAGUCAUGGAAGAUCAUCUUAAACGUGGUUUUGGAAUACACCACAGCGGUAUUCUACCUAUUCUCAAAGAAGUGGUUGAAAUGUUGUUUCAAAAAAGCUUGGUAAAAGUUUUAUUUGCAACAGAAACAUUUGCUAUGGGUGUAAACAUGCCUGCUCGGACAGUCAUUUUUGAUUCUGUGCGCAAGCACGAUGGUCAGAGCAUGCGAGAUCUUCAACCAUCCGAGUUCAUUCAGAUGGCUGGACGUGCUGGUCGACGAGGCCUUGAUAAAACUGGAACUGUUAUUGUACUUUGUAAAGCUGAUGUACCUGAUUCACUUUCUCUAAGAACAAUGAUGCUGGGUAAACCUGCAAAGCUGCAAUCACAGUUUAAACUAACUUAUAGUAUGAUUUUGAAUCUCUUAAAAAUAAAAACUUUUAGCGUUGAAGAUGUCAUGCAGCGAUCUUUUGGAGAGUCUACUAAUCAUAAACAGCGUGAAGGAUGGGAAAAAAUGCUGACUGAGGCUUCUGAGAAAUACAAAGCUCUACCCCAAUCUGAAUGUUCACUGUGUAAAGUUGACAUGCGAAGUUAUGUUCAAACAUUAAAUAAAGUCAAAGUCAUUCGCAAAAAUAUUCUGCUUGUAAUAGAAGCUGUUCAUGCAGCAGCAGCUUAUCCUAUUCAUAAUGAUAGAUGA